AUGAAUAAAGACCCCAAGCCUCGCGUUCGGAAGCGAGUGACACACAUUGUCACAGACAAUAAAGACAGACACAAUUAUGGUAGUGAAAAACCUCUCUUCAUCUACUGCUGUAUCUGCGGUCAAAUGGCUCUCAUACUUGACUGCCCUAUUGAGAAACUCCCCGAGCGUCCUCGGGACAAAUCUAAAGUUAUUGACGUUCGAAAACGCGCUCACAAAGUAAUAGCAACUGAAGCUAGUGCUUCCAGCUGUGUCUAUAUUCGUUGGCCCGAUGGAAUAGAAAAACAAUUUCGUCGAUAUUGCAAAAGUUGCGGUCUUCUUCUCUUUUAUCGUCACAGUGUUAAGAACCAUGUGGCUGAGUUCAUAGUUAGUGAUGCCUUGACUAUGCAAGAAGGGAAUAUUGGCCUCUCCGCCUCGGCAUUGGCAACAAGAACUGCGAAAUUGGAUGGUACCGACGCUGGCGAGGCAAACGUGAAGCUUUUGACAGCUUUAGCAUCACAGGCCGAGGCGAUGGCUCAGCAGAGCGGCUCUAUGCCACCGCCAGUCAAUCCCCUCUCCUAUCUCAAUUCGUCUAGUUCUAAUAGUUCAAAAUUAAGGCGAUCAGUCCAGCAGCAGGAGACUACUCAGGGUGUUGAUACUGCAGUCACAGUGUCCACAAUCGAGGACGAGGAGGAGGAGGCAGAGGCGAGGGAGGUUGCUGAUUCCUACGCUGCGAACGUCCGGGUCAUCGAGGCACAGAUGAUUCGUCGGGGUAUCAUCAAAAGACGUUUAGUGGAUGAGGCGAAUGAACAAGCCGCGAAGCGUAGAGUUCGCGGUACGUUGAUAGAGAAGUAG